AAGAGGCAGAAGCAAAAGAGGAGUCUGUGACGGACGAUUCCGAGGAAACACUGGAGGAGGAAGAGGCAGAGAUGAUAGACCAGGAGGAGACCUGCAGCAGCUCUCCACCAGAAGAAGGUCAUAUAACCGAAGGAACUCUGGCAGCCAAGGGGCAGGUGUCCGAAAGCGAAGGACAGGUCUCCAACUCUGGGGGAAAUGUGCACUUGCUACGUGAAGAAGCAGCAAGGGAGGAAGAGGAGGAGGAAGAGGAGGCCAUUGAAGAGGAGUGUGGGAAGGAGAUCAUCAUCCAAACGGAGGAUGCAGAGGAAGUCAUCGAGGUCACCAGUGAGCGUAGCAGUGACAUGUGCCUGGAACAUCGGGAUGAUGAGGUGAGCUAUGAGGAAUCUUGCAACCUGCAAAAAGAGGAGGAGGAGGAGGAGGAGGAAGAAGACAAUGAAGAGGAGGAGGAGGAGGAGGAGGAAGAGGAGGAGGAGGAAGAGUAUGAGGAGGAGGAGGAGGAAGAGGAAGAGGAGGAAGAGGAGACAGCAACUGCAAUGAUCUGUGAAGAAGCUCCUCACACAUCUCAGGACUCCCCAAAAACCCACUGUGAAGGACAGAUAGUCAGCCCCAAGCCUGAGUAUUCUGUUAUUGUGGAAGUGAGAUCAGACGAUGACAAGGACGAUGAUUCCCACUCCCAGAAAUCCACUGUGACUGAUGAAUCUGAGAUGUAUGACAUGAUGACCAGGGGAAACUUAGGGCUCCUGGAACAGGCCAUUGCGCUGAAAGCUGAACAAGUUAAGGUUGUGAGGGAGCCUGGCCAGCCACUGCCUGGGGAACAUGUAAAACAUUUACAGGUCGAAGAGAAGCAAAACAAAGCCCUGGACUCCAUCAGAAAGAGCUACUACAAUCCUUCAAGACCCGAGAAGCGUGAAAUCAAAUGCCCAACCCCUGGCUGUGAUGGCACAGGUCACGUCACGGGGCUGUAUCCUCACCAUCGUAGUUUGUCUGGCUGCCCGCACAAAGACAGGAUUCCUCCUGAGAUCUUGGCCAUGCACGAGAAUGUAUUGAAAUGUCCAACGCCAGGGUGCACUGGACAGGGCCAUGUGAACAGCAACCGCAACACUCACCGAAGCUUAUCUGGGUGCCCCAUUGCAGCUGCCGAAAAACUAGCCAAAUCUCACGAGAAGCAGCAGCCCCCAACCGGUGAUCCUUCAAAGAAUAGCUCAAAUUCUGAUCGGAUACUCAGGCCAAUGUGCUUUGUGAAGCAACUCGAGGUGCCUCAGUACGGGAGCUACAGGCCCAAUAUGGUUCCCACCACGCCAAGGGCCAACUUGGCCAAGGAGCUGGAGAAGUACUCCAAGGUCACCUUCGAUUAUGCAAGUUUUGAUGCUCAGGUUUUUGGCAAACGCAUGCUUGCCCCAAAGAUUCAGACUAGCGAAACCUCACCUAAAGCCUUUAAAUCCAAACCUUUUCCAAAGGCCUCUUCCCCCGGCCACAGUCCCUCCAGCAGUUACGUGAAGAGCACUUCGUCUUCAUCCACAGGCUUCGACUACUCCCAUGAUGCCGAAGCUGCACAUAUGGCUGCCACUGCCAUUUUGAACCUCUCCACUCGCUGUUGGGAAAUGCCUGAGAACCUCAGCACCAAGCAGCAAGAUCUCCCCAGCAAGUCAAUGGACAUCGAAGUGGAUGAAAAUGGGACUCUGGAUUUAAGCAUGAACAAGCACCGGAAACGUGAGAGCACCUUCCCCAGCAGCAGCAGCUGCAGCAGUAGUCCCAGCAUCAAAUCCCCAGAUGUAUCCCAACGCCAAAACAGCACCAGUGCCACAAGCAGCACCAUGACCUCACCCCAGUCCAGCCAUACAUCUCGCCAAGAUGAAUGGGAUGGCCCCAUUGACUACACCAAACCAAAUCGACAGCGGGAAGAGGAGCCAGACGAGUCAGAGGCUGCAGUACGUUCUUUCGCCUCUUCUGAAGUAGAUGACCAGGAAGUACCUGAAGAAAAUUUUGAAGAAAGGAAGUAUCCUGGGGAAAUCACCUUAACCAACUUCAAGCUUAAGUUCCUUUCCAAGGAGAUCAAGAAAGAGCUGCUUACCCUUUCUGGUUGCCCUCUUGCUGACAAGAGCCUCAGAAAUCUCAUGGCUGCCCACUCUGCUGACCUCAAGUGCCCAACACCCGGCUGUGAUGGCUCCGGCCACAUAACAGGAAAUUAUGCAUCACAUAGGAGUCUGUCAGGCUGCCCUCGUGCCAAGAAAAGCGGGAUCAAGAUCACCCCGACAAAGGAUGACAAAGAGGAUCCAGAACUAAUGAAGUGCCCUGUUCCUGGCUGUGUUGGACUCGGACACAUCAGUGGCAAAUAUGCCUCCCAUCGCAGUGCCUCAGGGUGCCCCCUUGCAGCCCGAAGGCAGAAAGAAGGGUCUCUCAAUGGUUCAUCCUUUUCAUGGAAGUCACUCAAGAACGAAGGUCCCACCUGUCCAACCCCAGGUUGUGAUGGCUCAGGUCAUGCAAAUGGAAGCUUCCUCACUCACAGAAGCCUGUCGGGAUGUCCGAGAGCUACUUUUGCUGGGAAAAAGGGGAAAAUCUCAGGGGAUGAAAUUCUCAACACUAAAUUCAAGACCAGUGAUGUUCUAGAAAAUGAUGAAGAAAUUAAGCAGCUAAAUAAAGAAAUUAGUGAGCUGAAUGAAUCCAACACUGAGAUGGAAGCGGCCAUGGUGAAGCUGCAGUCACAGGUAUGGAUCUCAAGCAUGGAGAAAAACCUCAAGAACAUUGAGGAAGAGAAUAAGAUGAUAGAGGAGCAGAAUGAAGCCCUCUUCCUUGAGCUCUCAGGGCUGAGCCAGACUCUUAUCCAAAGUCUUGCCAAUAUCCGCCUUCCACACAUGGAGCCCAUCAGUGAACAGAACUUUGAUGCGUAUGUCAACACUCUUACUGACAUGUACACGAACCAGGAGUGCUAUCAGAAUCCAGAGAACAAGGACCUCCUGGAAAACAUCAAACAGGCCAUUAAAGGAAUUCAGGUCUAAUUACCGUGGGACAAAGAAGAAAAAUAGAAGAAAUUUAAAAGACGAAGUUAAGAGUAACUGGAAGA